AUGCGACGCACAUGGAUAAAGUUAGUCAUCAAGACAGCGACUAACGGCAACGCCGCCGUUGCCGUUGCUACAGGGGCAACUCGGCCAGCCACAGUCAUGUUGUCUUUGCAGUCACAACGUUGCAUACGUGAAAUCAUGGUGCGACAGGUGCUGCUUUCCUCGAAGCCGCUCACGUCAAAUGAACUUGUGGAACUGGUCAAGCGAAAAUACCAUGAGGCAAAGGAGACCGUCCAAACGACAUCCAUGUCAUCUCAAGAAGGGGCGUGCAGGAAGGCUACAGAGACACCGGUGGUGGCGAGUGUGGGAGACGAUGACGUGGAGAAGGAGGGAGAGGCUGUAACAGACAGUCCUGUUGAGUAUCUUCGAGGGUUUCUAAUGUCUGUAUCAACUGGGCCGGCCAAUGCGUUGCCCACCCAGGAUGGGAUUUCUCCCUGUCCCGUUGAGUCCACCGUGCGCUUAAUACUAGCCAUCGACUCACAGUUUCGUGUCUCCCCGGCGGGAUAUGUGUGCUAUCCCAAUUUGCCUUCGCUGAUUCUCGCUUCGACAGACGUGGAGCAGAAGGAGACAUGGCUGCACUUGGGACGCCGACUUGUGCGGGCGGAGGAAGCGAGGCAUUGCUUCAGUGGAAGUGACCAUGGUGCUAUGGCAGCAACAAGAGGAAACUCACGUGUGCCGUCUCGGUGGAGUUACAUGCUGAGUCUGUGGUUCAUGUUGGAUGCCUUCACAGAGACGGAGGAUGUUGUGGAUGAAAAGGACGCGGCAACCGAGAGAAACGGCACGCAUGAGGACAUGACAAUUUCUAUGCGUCUCAUGACACAAUGGGUGAAUGCAUUCGAUGAGCGUGAGUUGCCACCGCUUCUUCUUCGAGAGUUGUUAACAGCGGAGGGGCAGAGUAUUUCAAGAUCGCCGUCUGUAUCCGCCCCGCAGGAACUGCGGGAUUCGGUGGAGGGGAAAGACAUUCUUCGGCGUUGGUGUUUUGAGGCGAGGGAGGGGUUUCUGAGCAGCAUGCUUGUGAACGCACCGCAACUCACCCAAUCUCAGCCGAUGCUUCUUCAACAAGUGAACGAGCAGUUGGGUUUUUUUUUCCUUUUUCUUAGUGGCGCCCCCAUUUCACUGGGGCGGAUGUCGGCGCUGAUCCAGUGGGCGAGUCUGCCAUUUGCCUCACAAUAUCGCUCUCUGCUGCACUUCCUCCUCAUUUACACCGGCAACCCCGCCGUGGCACAAAUGGAGCGAAAUGGGAAGCGGCGUCGCGAGGUUCUGAAGCGGUGGACGGAUUUGUUGCGAUCACGUUUACAGGAGGAUCGGGGCCGUCACCGGCACCCACGGCAAAUAGGAGGACGUCACUCACUUUCGGGUCGUUACGCCUCGCAGGAGCAUAUGGAAGAGACGGCAAAUGUGGACGCUCUCCCAGCUUCUUCGGAAGGCAACGAUGCGAGGGAUAUCUCGCAUGGCAAGGCGUCGUGGGCAAGACAGAUAUCCAGCGAACAAUAUGCGUUGUGGAUGCAGAGCAGCAGCGGCCCGAUGGUUAACCCGAAAUUGAUGGAUGUUUGUCGUUGUCUCUUUUUGACUCCCACGGAGAUGACACCGCUUGAUGUGACAACGCUGACCCCAUCUGAGGUGCUGGAGAGUUUUACUGCGAAGAAAUGUGCCGAGAAUGACGUUGUGGUGUUCUCAGUGUUACCGUAUGUUUUAGAACGCCGUAUCUGCCGUGUCAUUCGUGUAUGGUGGGCCCUUGAAGGACAGUACACGACGGAAGUCAAACCGAGUGAUGCCAUCGCCGUCAUCAGCGUGCAGCGGCUCUGUCAACUGUGUUUGUGGGAGCAUGAGUACGGGGCUGCUGCGGCAAGCAGGAUGAUGCUGCAUUAUUUAAGAUCGGUCAUAACGGGAGAAACAACCGUGCAGUUAGUGCCACCCUCCUCCGUGUCUAAAAUCAUGACGCCCACGUCAGUGAAAGAUGCGGGGUGUUGGUUGGUUGUGCUUCGCUCCACUGCGUAA